CUCCCGGGCACACUAGCCUACUGCUGCUGCCUGAACAACCUCCAGCCAUGGCAGAUGUAACUUCUGACUUCGUUAACAGCACCACGACAACAGCAUGCCUCACUGAAAGUGCGAGGUUUUACACAAAUAUCAUGAGCUACUUGAUAAAUUUCUCACCUGAACCAGCAGCUGAACCAUAUUACGACUUCGUCAUCGUGGGUGGAGGAACUGCCGGCUGUGUUCUGGCUAGCCGUCUGUCUGAAGUUCCAGAAUGGAAAGUGCUUCUUCUGGAGGCAGGAGGUGAAGAACCAUCUGCUGCAUCUGUUCCUGCUUUCGCCAAAUUGCUGUGGAACUCGUCCUUGGACUGGGGGUACACCACGGUUCCCGACAACCGCUCGUGUGGAGGGAGAGGCUGCCACUGGCCCAGAGGGCGAGUCCUCGGAGGCUCUAGCACCAUCAACCACAUGGUCUAUGUGAGGGGCAACAAGGCUGACUACGAUCUCUGGGAAGAUCUUGGCAACCCAGGUUGGGGCUAUAAGGAUGUCCUCAAGUACUUCAAGAAGUGGGAAAACAACCACGAUAAGAACAUUGACAGUUCUCUGCAUGGCACGACAGGUCCGCUGAAGGUAGAGAGAAUGCGCUAUGAGGAUGUUAAUGUGUUGGCAAUGCUCCAAGCAUUCCAGGAGUUACACUAUGCAGAAGGAGACAUAAAUGGUUUUAGGCAGGAUGGGACUGCAACACGCGCACAAACUUUCACAUUCAAUGGCAAACGACAGAGUUCUUAUGCUGCCUUUCUCGAGCCCAUUAGAAAUGCGCGUAAAAAUUUGAAAAUUGUGACCAAUGCCACAGUCAUAAAAGUGGUGUUCAACAAAGGCAGGGCAGUUGCAGUGGAGUACACCAGGGAGAACAGGAGUACUGUGCUCACAGCUCGAGUUCGGAAGGAGUGCAUCGUCAGCGCGGGAGCAGUAAACUCUCCUCUCGUACUCAUGCGAUCAGGAAUUGGACCAAGAGAUCUCCUCGAGUCGUUGGGCAUAACAGUGUUGAAAGACUUGAGAGUAGGCUUUAAUCUGCAGGAUCAUGUUUCCACAUCGGGUGUCAGAUUUAUGCUUAAUACAACUUCACAACUGCGUUGCACGCGAAGACUCACAGAUCUUGGGGAAUACUACUUAACUUCCCGUGGUCCAUUGGCUGGGAUAGGCCUGACCGAGGUGAUAGCUUUUGAUAACUCGUCGUCCAUAGGUUUUGGAAACCACACUGCUCCAGCAAUUCAGUAUAUGUUUGAUGGCUCUAUUUCCAAUUCCAUUUUAGAUGCACCCCAACCUAUGUUAUCAUGUUACUACAAUGAAAUAUUAGUCAGAACAAUUUUAAUGCACCCAAAAAGUCGUGGUUCUGUUAGAUUAUCAUCCUCUGAUCCAUAUGCUAAGCCACUUAUUUAUCCCAACUACUUUUCUGAGCAAGAGGAUGUUAACGUUUUGGUUAGAGCUCAACAGACUGCGACACAUUUAGCGUCUACGAUGGCAUUAGCCAAUUUUAGUUACGAACUCAAUACAAAGUCACUGCCUGGAUGUGAGAAAUAUGUUUUUAAUUCAACAUCAUACUGGGAAUGUGUCCUGCGAGUAUACACACAAACUAUUUAUCAUCCUGUAGGCACUUGCAAAAUGGGUCCUUUACAUGACACUGAAGCUGUUGUUGAUCCUGAGCUGAAGGUUUAUGGUACUGCAAACCUGCGAGUGAUAGAUGCUUCCAUUAUGCCGACCCAAAUUACAGGAAACACUCAAGCAUCUGUUUUAAUGAUCGCCGAAAAAGGUGCAAAAAUCAUUAAGACAAAAUGGAAAUCUUAUCAUUAAUUACUGCCAAUAAAUGAAGUAAAAACAUGUCGACCCGAAAUAACAAGCUGGAAUUUAAAGAGUAAACUAAGUGUUAAUUUUCUUCAAAAAAUAUUACUUGUCUAUGUGUUAUUUACUUCAGUUGAACCAGGAAAAAUAUGAGUGGUAAUGUCAAGCCUCAUUGGCACUCAAUUGUCACUUGGAGGAAAUAGUAUUUAAAUGCAGGUGGCAAGUUUAGUAAUGACCAUGGCUCGUGGUAGUGAGUUAAUUUUUUUAUAUAAGACAAAUUCGCAUCUAAAGUUAGUAAAUUCAGGUACAAAAGUAAUAGUUUUAGAUGCAUAUUGUGUUUAAAUGAUAGUUAAUUAAAAAAAGAAGUGAAAUUUGUAUAUUAAAAUCAAAUUAUUGACCUGUAAUCAUUUAGGCAGGAAAAUUUUGCUGCUUAAAUUAAAGUACACCUCUAUAAACCAAACCUAUAUGAUGAUAAAUCGCAACAAAUUGAUGUUACUUCCGCUAUGGUGUUGUAUAACCCAUUGCUUAUUAAAUAACUAUUUGGCAAUGCUUAACAGGCAGACAAAUAUAUAAAUCCCACAAUUUUAUUUUCGAAAUUAGAUUAUAACCUUCAAACACGCCUCUAAUAGUUAUAACAUGGAAUCAUUACCUUGAAUAGAGCAAAAAAUGUAUCAAAUAUAUUGAUUGAACUAUUUUGAUUUGUUUUUUAUUAUAGUCAUUAUAAUUUUUUUUAAUUCCCUACACACAGAUUCACAGUUUGCUAUAUUUAUUAUUUAACACUCUCUUAGGCCUCAAAACUUCUCAGUGAGCACAACAAUUUCCUGAGGUGUAUUGGAAUGGUCUUGGUCUUAUAGACCAUAUUACAGCCAACGAGUAAUUAAGGCAGCCAAGCAGGCAACGCGAAACUCAAUCCAUCAGUAGUCAUCAGGAAACGCGUGUCUCAAUGAUCGACCAUACCAGAAGUCUGCCAAGACCAGCCCGACACCACGACAGAAGAGCUCAAGAGGGUGUUGUUCGGCACGUAUAGAAACAUGGCGGACGACGGCAGUAUGGGGGAAGGGUUAAACGACUCGCCAGUAUAUCCUGGGAGAGUGGAUGACUACAAAGCGAUUGGACUGAAAUGCUACCUCCAAGUUACGAACAACACGACGAUCAGUGAUAUAAUUUGGAGUCCGCCACCAACGAGUAACUACUCGCUGGGCGAUUAGUGGUAACCCAGACCCACCGUACGCCCGAUUACAAGAAAGAUUGCCAGAUCACAAAGGGUUGAUGUAUGGUAUUCAGUUACACAUACCGAGUACUGGCAGAGCGAGUGCCAUCCCUUGGUGAACAGCGAGCUUCAGGAAACACUGACAAGAUGUCCCGAUAACUCAUCGGGAGACAUCGCUAGUGUAGCUCCGAUCCGCAGAGGUGGACAGUGGCGGAUGAGUCAGCAAGUCCCUGUGUUCAUUCCUAGGUGGCCCGACAAUGCAACUCCCCUGGAGACACUGCACCACAGAAGGCGAGUAGGUUUUUUUUUAGAAAUGAGCCCUAUUACUCCGCAGUGUUUACUAAACUCGAUUUGUAAUUUGUAUUUUUAAAUGUAAUUUAUGUACAUGAAUUGGAGACUGAAAUGCAGAAAUUUUUUUAUUUAAUUAAAGUAACUUUGUUUUUAUGAACUCUUUAAUAACUUAAUUUUGUAUAGUUAUCCACACUAAUGCUUACAAGCAUCACGUUUUAAUGGUUUUACCAUUUAUAUAAAUUUUUAAUAAGAAGCAAAAGUGAUCCCAAUUAUUUUUUUUAUGAUAUAUCAGUAAUAAUAGUUGUAUUAGUUCAUGUAAUCAAAACUUUUGUUUACAGGCAGCCCUGGUCUGAAAGACCUGGCUUCAGAAGGUAAACCCCAUUUUUACCUUAAGUUGUUGAUUUGGUUCUCAUUCUAUGUCAAUAUAGAUAUUUAUUGUGAUAAAUUAACGAAAACGACCUGUGGUGCUUCUGAGUUCCGACCUCCCAUGUUCCCUAAUACCGGUGGUUUAGAAAAUAAAAUGCAAACAAUAAUAAAGUUAGCAUAUAAUAUACAAUCAGGUACUUGAUUGUGUGUAACUUGUCCCGUGUAGAUUGUAUAAUGCCGCUUAGUCUGGCAACCAAAUAGAUUUUGUUUCUUUUUUUUUUUUUGCAUAUGACACACUGAUACAGAUUUCUUUGUAAGUUUUCGAACAUAACAUCAACUUCUUAAAUACCUGCUAGCAUUAGCUGCUUUGGUAAAGUAAUUUCCACAAUACCUCUACUGAUGCUUCAAGGAUGUCGAUGAACCUUAAUUAUCAUCACCGAUGGAUUCACCAGGUAAAAUUAGUUGAUUGUAGCUACUGUAUACACAGAUGUAUCCUCAGCUGAAGACACUACAUCUGUUGAAGUCUCCACUACUGUUGCAAUGGAAGACAGUAUUGGAGCUGCCACCACAACGAUUUCCGAGGACUUUGACAUCGCUGUCAUCGAUGACUCUGAUAACUCUACACCUUAAAUCAAACUUUUAAAGGAGGAUUCUCAACUAAGUACCUGUAUAAGUACUAAAGAGAGUUAAUUCAUGCUAUAAUAAAGCUAAAGACCAACUGAAACACCUGCCUCUGUCCCCUUGUCUUAUACUCGCAAAUUUCCUGGUAAAAUAUGUGAAUCAAAACAACCAUUUUUGGCAGUUUCUUGUUUAUGAUUUUUAGAUUGACCAAUUAUAUUUCACCCCUGCUCGAACUGCAUACAUUUGGGUCCAACUAGCUCAAAUUGCUUUGGGCUCAAACUGCAUUUAACUACCUCGAAUUACUCCAAAUGCUCCAAUAGCUUUAUUUAUUCAGCUUGAACAAACUGCUCCCACUUAUCUAACUGCCUACAUUAAGCUCCAUGUACAUUUAAAUACCUCCAAUUUCUCCUACGGCACCCAUUGCUCCAACUGCAUUUGGCUGGAAUUUGUAUUUAACUAACUCAAAUUGCUCCAACUGCUCCAAAUGCUACAAUGGCUCAAACUGCUUCAAUUGACUACAGUGGUUCCAAAUGCUCCAAAUUUCCAAUUGUUAAAAAUGUUAAAAUUACUUAAACUGAUUCAAUUGCUUCAAUAGCUUCAAUUAGCUUAUGUAUCUACAAUGGUUUUCAACUGGUUCUAAAGGAUCCAUAUGACUGAUUUCAACACGUGCAUGGAAGUUAUGCACGUAAAUCAUUGUAUGUAUCUGCAUUGCUAUUCUUAGUUCAUGGAAUUGAGGCCGAUCUCAUUUCGUCCCGAACACUCGCUGCAAGUAAUAACUCUUUUACCAAAUGACAAGGUACAUUUGAUUGUCCAGAUGGGACCUAACCUGCAUAUUAAAUGAAAAUCAGAGGAUAUAACCUAAAUGCUGAAAACUUUAGAAUAUGGCAUAACAUUAACUAGACAAAACAAGUAAAUUGUAUUGAAUGUAUAGAAAUGAAAACAUCAAACAAAUAUUGUGAUUAAACAAACUUUCCAUAAUUAAUCAAACUGGUGUUAUUUUUUCAGGUACAAUGAAGUUAUUACGCAAAACGGGGUGAAUAGGACCAUAGGGGUGAAUAGGAUCAAAUAUGGGUAACAUUAUAUUUUGAAAAAUAAUAUAGAAAUAAAUAGCACAUAGUUCUAAGAGCUAUCAUUUUAUUUUAAAACAUUAUUAUUCAGUAUUUGGUUAAAAUUAAUGUUAAAGAUUGGUUACUAUGGCAGCAGUAAUUUUUGUUUUCGUGCUGUGUACAGUGAGGUUAAUAAGUUUGCUGAUAAACUUUGUCUGUGUGGAGCAAUUCGGUAUAAAUUUUUAUAUAUCGGUGUGCUUUCACGCUUGUCACACACAUGUCUGAAAUAAAAUUAGUAUUUGUUUUAUUCAAAAAUGUAAUAAUUGGUUAAAAUCUGGCAGAUUCGUUUUGUAAAGAAUUUAGUGCUUGAAAGUGGGGUGAAUAGGAUCGCCUAAGAAAAUGCCACGUGUUUACUGUCCUAAACCAGAAGGUAAGAGAUACAAGAAGAUAGACUUGUAUAAAGUUACUAAAGCAAAGAAUGAUGUAAAGAGUGGAAAACUGUCAAUAAGAAAAAUCUUAAGCAUCAGGGGGGACAGCUAGCCCUUUCUGUCGAAGAGGAAGAAAUGUUGGUGGGGUUAUCCACUUGACUCAUUUGACCUGCGAUGCCUUGUAAAAGCCUAUUUGGACAGGCGAGGGACUGCAGUGACCAAGUUCAAAAACAACUUCCCAGGAAAGGACUUUGCCGAAUCAUUCAUGAAACGCCAUAAGGAAGAGAUUUCUUUGCGUCUGUGUCAAAAUAUCAAGAGAAGUAGAGCUGCUGUCUCACAUGUAGCGAUCAAUACAUUCUUUGAUAAUCUUGAAAUAACACUUCUUGAUGUACCACCAUGUAACAUUGUAAAUUUCGAUGAAACGAAUUUACGAGAUGACCCAGGCAUAAAGAAAGUCAUCAUUAAAAGAGGCUGUAAGUAUCCAGACAACAUACUUAACAGUUCUAAAUCUAGCACAUCCAUUAUGUAUGCUGCUGCAGCAGAUGCAAAUAUCCUACCACAAUAUGAUGUUUAUAAGUCUGCACAUGUAUAUGACUAAUGGCGUAGAGGUGGUCCAAGAAAUGCAAGAUUUAACAUAAGCAAAAGCGGAUGGUUCGACUCAACAUUUUUCGAUGAUUGGAUUGAAAAAUUGCUGUCCCUUACCUAAGUAAACGUGAAGGGAAAAAAACUUUACUGGGAGAUAAUUUGUCUUCGCACCUCUCUGCAGAUGUCAUUAAAUUGUGCAAAGACAAUGGCAUUUAUUUUGUGUUCUUGCCAAAAAAAACUCGACUCACCUAACUCAGUCACUAGAUGUGGCAUUUUUAGGCCUCCUAAAGGUGCAUGGAGAUAAAUUUUGUCAAAAUGGAAAGCUGGUCCUGGAAAAAGAUAAGCAUCCAUACCAAAAGAUGUCUUCCCAAGGCUCUUGGCUAAACUGCAUGAUGCAGUAACAUUGAUUGGUAGCACCAACGUAAAAUCAGGUUUUGCUAUGGCUGGAAUCCACCCAUUAGACAGAAAUAAGGUCCUGAAAAGACUUCCCAAUCUUUCACAAGCUGAAGGAGAAAGUGGCUCCAGCAUUACCGGUACCGGUACCACUCAGGAAACCAUGAAUGAAUGUUUUGUGAAUUUUUUAAAAGAAAUGAGAUUUUCUGAUGUGCCGAAACCACGUCCUUCUCGUUCAAAACUUCAUGUUGAGGCUGGCAAGAGCGUUGAAGCUCUUUCAGAUUCGCAGGAGGAGGAAGAGGAGGAGAGAAACAAUUUUUCUGACAAUGAAGAUGAUUUAAUGCCGGAAAGUGGUGAGUCAUCUUCAGAAGAGGAAUUUCAGAUUCAAACAUCAGUUCUAAUUAAUUGUGUCACAAAGUUUGGGAAAACCAUUUCUAAUAUUCACUAUGUUUCCAAGGGAUCUGUCAAAGUUUGUGACUGGUUGCUAGUUAGUUUUCCAACCACUGGUUUGAGACAAAAGUUUAAACUUUUUAUUGGACAAGUGGAAGAGGUGUUCACAGAAAAUUAUUUUGAAGGGAUGAUUUGCGUUUUAGGCAACCAGAGACAACAGUGGAUACAUAUAUGUCUUUCCUGAUGUUGCAGAUGUAAGCAAAUUUUCUUAUGAACAAGUUCUUGGGAGGUGUGAUCCUCCAGAACAGUUUCGACAUGGACAAAUGAAAUUCAGUGUCAACAGCAAGUCGUUCACAUAGGUUAACUUUUGAAUGUAUUGUAUGUAAAUAAAAAUAUUGUGCAUACAUAUGUACUUAACUAAAAACUUAUAGGUACAUGUAAAAAUUAAUUACUUAGUAUUUUGAUUUAUUCCAUGAUCUUUCUUGUAAUUUUUUUUUCCUUGUUAGCAAUGAUGAUUGUAAUCAAUGCAUUAUUGCACUUACAAUGUUUUUAAAAACAUUCUAAGUGAUCCUAUCCACCCCAUGCAUGCCAGAAAACAGAUUACUAGGCAAAACAAAUAUGUCAUCCUAUUCACCCCGACUGGAGGGUGAAUAGGAUCAGGCAUGUUUUUUAUUAUCAUUUAAUUAUUAAUUAGUCAUUUCGUGACUUUUACCACUUGUGCCUCAACAUAGAGGCCUAGAAAAUUACAAUGAACAUUUCAUAAUGUCCUCCAAGAUUAAAAUAAAGGCACACAACUCCAACAAGUUUUCAAAUUGAUCCUAUUCACCCCGUUUUAAUCACACGAAAUUAUCUGAAAAAUAUUCUCAACUGUUAAAUAUAUAUCUCAAAUUACUCAUGACAAAUUUUUUUGAGCGAUCAGCACUUAAAUAUCUGAACAAUAACGAAAUAUACAAUUAGGUAUAAAUAAUUUCAAGGCUUUGGAGAUUUUAGUGAACUUAAUAAGUUAGUUACAGAGUUAAGUAAGUUACUCUGAAACAAAUAUGGCCUCCCAAGUAAACAGCAUAGAGAAUGUGCAGAAAGUGCAAACUAGUACUGAGUAUUAUUAGCACCAUGUGUAUCACACACAAAAUACCAACGAAAAAGGUGUCAGAAAUUUACAAGUAACCUUGUACAACAGCAAACAUGUCAAAAUUGACAUAAAAACUGCUUAUUAAUAAAGAUAACUAACACAAUAAUUGUACUUAGUUCUCAAAAAACCUACAUACUCUCGUCUCUCUCUGAUAUUAUUUAUUUAUGGUGGAAUCGUCUCGAAGGUCCUGCUUCUUUAUCCUGAACUGCCCAAAAUCCAAAGAAUUUAUUCCCUCAAAUUGUUCCUGUCUCCCUCGAAUUGCCUCUCAAACUCUAUAGGAUGAAAUAGAAAGUCUGGGAUGGUUACAGAAUGUUCUAGAAGACUCUUCACUGUAAUUCAAACAAUCAAUGCAUAGGCGGGUCUUCGGGUAGUAUUCUUCUUCUUGCUAAGAUCUCGAUUGGUACCCCCUAGUUUGACGCUGUUUUGGAAGGGACCCUCAUGGUUUUGCUUGAAGGUUACUGUAUUAAACAGUAAACAGCAGUAGCCUAUCUAUCCAUUGUAGUGAUUCUACAUGUUAAACGUGUAAGGUUAUGUUUCUAUCGUGUCCUUAAAUGUUUUUAAUGUAUAAAAUGAACACGAAACAUUUCGUGACCAAUACACAUAGUCACAAAAUAUAGGCCUUUUUUUAUGUUAGCUAAAUCUUCGAAACUUUCAAAUAUCUGUAAGCAAUAUCUUCUGCUGCUAUCAUCUUCCUUAAAUGUUUAUUAUUUUAAAAUUCUCUAUGAUCUACAUUAUCGCUAUGAAUGGCCUCAUUGUUAUAAUGAUCGUGACAUUACUAAUCACCCCAAAACAUGAUCAGUAUCAUUUCAAUUUUUUUUUAAUGUGACCUUUUCAUAGCUUUGGUCUUCGAUCUUGUUAGCUUCUAGUGCUCCUACAUUAUUCUCAAAUUCGCAGAGGCAACUAGAAUUUGAAGGGAAUAUAUUUCAAAUCCCAUGGAGGUGGAACUUCAAUCUAUCAGUGUCUUUUUAAUACAUUCGCCAGCUUUCAAAUACAAAUUGUUAUUGAUAUCUGCGAUAACGUUGGUAGAAUAAUCAUUUCAUAUUCUACGAAAUGGAAUAAUUCCUGUAAUGUUUUGUUUUUAAUCCACUUCCUUGAUGUGGAAGAUAGUAUAUAAAUGAUUACCUGUGGCAGGAGUAGGUUCGAUGUGUUGUUGUCGAUGGUUGCUAUCUUAGAUUAUGAUGUCACAUUAGCCAAUUUGUUUUAGAGAACAUUCUGCCAUCUUGUUUUCCACCAUUUUACUUUCCAGAACAUUCCACCAUCUUGUAUUCUGUUAUCUUGGAUUUUACCAUUUGUUUUUAGAACUUUCUUUAAUUUGGGAUUCUGCCAUUUUUAAUGACGAUAUAUCCGCCAUUUUGAAUUAUGAUAUUUUGUGUGCUUUAAUGUAAACACAUAAUAAAUAUCCCAAAAAUCUGAAAAAUUUAAAAAUUUCUAAAAAACAUAAUUACAAUUUUGAUAAAAUUUUAUUAAAAUGGCACUUACAUCAUGGACAUUUAAGCAUUUUGUUUGAAAAUGGAGAGGGCAAAAUUUAUGAUGUGGCUUUCCUCCAUGGAGGCUACCAGCAGACUGAACUCCCACUACUAAUGCCAAGGACUAUAUUACACCAACUAGUAUGAAGUCAUGGUAGCCAUAUUGGAUCUGACAUCUUGUUUCAUCUACUACAGUUCGCUGCCUCCAUAUUUGUUUAUUUCUCUCUCUAGAGUGCUGUAGUGUCAAUCACUAGACCAUCAUAUGUCUUAACAUCCGCCAUUUUGACUGUCAUUUUGGUCGCCAUAAUGAAAAUCUGUAAUAAUUCAACAAAAAAAUUCGGGAAAAUUCCAAAUUUCAUAACAUCUUUACCUAUACAAUAUUGAUUGUUAAGAUCAAUUUACAUCUUCGGUUCAAUCUUUGCUCGAUAAAAAAAAAUAUUUUAGCUUAAAAAUAUUUACCGUCUUUAAUUUUUCCCAUUAUCUUUCAAAGAGUUUAUUAAUUUUAAUUAUUAAGAUAAUGGGCUAAAUACAAGAUGCCCGCCUGAAUAAUAAUGUUACAUCCUACCACUAUUUCCUAUUCAUUGAGGCCAUAUUCGGUGCACAUUACGACUACUAGACCACCAAAUACAAGCAUAUUGGUCGAGCAUCUUUAAUCCAUGAGACCAUCGUUGUUAACACUAAGUAUCCAAUACGUCCAAUUAAAAGCCAAUGAGAAACAUAUAGAGCUAGCAUUUACGAACCAAGAGUCCCUCGUUUUAGACACUUGACAUUUUUUAACCAAAGUCAUUUUCAAUGUCAGGCAUACAGGCCAACCAUCUCCAAACCACGAGGCCUUCUUUUUCGAUUCUUUGCAUUACUUUCAACCAGUCACAUUUAGUUUUAGGGAUAUGGGCCAAACGUCUCCGAACCAUGAGGCCUUCCUCGAUGAUACUUGAAAUUCCUCAAUAAGUUCAUGUACAAUGUGUUACACUCCUCAGUCAUAACAGAGUAAACCUAAAUUCUGUUAUUAUUUUGUCACACUUCACUCUCUCUCUCUUGAUGACUGGUAUAAUUAGUGGAUCUUUUAGUUUCAAAAGGAAAAUAAUUAUCUCGUCUAGAUAGAAGUACCUAUACGUUUAUUUAACUUUUGAUUACUUUUAUAGUAAGAUAAAAUUAGAUAAAUUGAUUGACAUGUAUAUAAUGAAAUUACAUUUACAUUGAUUUAAAACAUUUCCCGAUAUGUUCAAUGUCGUGAUUCAAUGCUAUUCCGAAGAUAUUAAAAAAAAAUAAUGAAAAACUGGCAGUUUGACGAUUGCUGUGCGAAGUGAAAUGGCUAACUGGUCGUCAGAGGGCCUAAGUCAUCCGGCCCUUGGACCCUCAUCUGGUCCUUGGAAUCUCAUCCGGCCCUUAGACCCUGUCUGUGAACAGAUCCGAAACACACAUGUUCAGGACUGGUUCACAGACAGUUGGAAAAAUAGGCAAAAAUGCCUUCUAACCACGAUGAUGGUCGGGGAAGAUUGGUGAAGGGAAGGGGGGUGAAAACAGCGAUAAUAUAAGGAACGAGGCUCUACUGAGCCCGGAGGCGUGACUGGACGUUGGUGAAAAUGACUCGAGAUCAUGCCACGGAGUGCUCACGUCAGGUGAGGUCUUAGAAACAGCCUACUCUGAUAGCUUACAGGACAUAGCACUUCUUGUCACGGCUCGGAGGCGAAUUACAGGCGACGUUCGUGCUCCAAGGAAGGAAUAAAAUGAUACACAGACUGACUCGCAAAAGGCUUGGCAAAAUCAGAUCUAGGGCUGGGAAAUGUUGCGGGGACAGGUCUGACAAAGAUUAAACUGGAGUUAACAGGAGGAGGAAAAAGUUUAUGUUCUUGCAGCAAGAAAAUAAAAUGACUGGCGACAGAAUUUUCCAAAAAUUCAAAUUUAGAAUUGUGCCCAAAAUACUAGUUGGCGGCACAAAUUUAAUGUGUAUAGGCCAAGCAUAUCCGAUACCAAAAGCCUUCUUUUUCGAUACUUGUCAUAUAUUUUAAACAAUCAAUGGCCUUUUUCAAGCAGACAAUACAAGAGUCUUCAAAAAGUUUGGAUAUAACCCAUUACAAGCAAACAGACCAACAAACCAAGCAUGUUUUAUGCUUAUUAUAGGAACAAUAAUGCCUGAAAAAUGUUUAACAUUUACUACAGGCCAAGAGGUUCAAAACCAUUGAAACUUCAGUCCUGAUUACAGAUUUGACUUUGUUACACAUUCUCUGUACAUUAGUGUAACGUAAAUGUCUCCCUGGAAAAAUUUUGGGAGACUGUGAAUCUUUAUUUCAAAACAAUAAAUUACAACAAAUGCAGGUUCGUUUAUAAUUGUGCCUCUAUUAAUUUUUCUAUUAUAAUUGUUUGAACAAUAGUAAAUAAAGUAUUAUCUUGAAAGCCCCAAUAAGAAGUUAAAAUUUAUAAUAUAGUUGAUACCUUUAUAAGAAAUAAAUUUAUAAUAGGGCCAGCCCAUGCCGAAUUAUUAAGAGGUGCCUUACACCAUAAUUAUAAAUAACAAUUAACAAUCCCAGAGUAAUAAUUAUUAGCACAUAGCAUAGUUAAAGGCCUGCGAUGACCACUUUAGUUAUCACAUAUAUGGUACAAUUAGCUGGCACUUAUAAAUGGCUUACCACUGGCACACUGUAGAAGUCGUGGGGAAUUGGGGGUCGUAUAGUUGGAACUUGCUGGUCGGAAGUGAAAAAUGCUACUGUAGGCGGGCUGCCAGGUGGCGCCUCAGUAGUUUCUGGUAACUGAAGAUGAGGAAGAGCAUUUGGCUGCAAUUUUGGUGCGGGCUCUGGGAUACCAAUUCUUGGUUAUGAUUCUUGGAUACCGGUUCUGUGAUACCAAUUCUUGAACCCUGUCUGUGAACAAGCCAAAUCAAAACGAUGACAGCCAGUCGUCAAACGGGCAAAAAUGCCCACAAAAACGGGUAUCGUUGGGGAAGAGAAAUAGGUUGUUGAAAACUCACCAAAACCGGGGUGUUGUCCUUGCGCUCGGGAGGGGUCCCACCGGAUUGUGCACGAGAUCCUGACCGACACAAGCGCAGUGGAUGAGGAAGCACUCCUAAUUUAAAUUUAAUAAAAAUUUAACAAAAUAUUAAAAUUUUUACAUUGAAACACAGACUAAGUACUAUCUAAAAACAUAGGGAAAACAACACUUGAUGAGAAGACUACAUACUAGAGGGCAUGUCGAUGGUGAAUCUUGCGGAGUUCUAGCCAAGAAACGAAGUAGUCAGUCUGACAUCGCACCAAGAAGUCCCUGGGGGUCGGUGUGAUGCUUAAUUAAAACAGGUGUUUGAUUUAGAAAGGAAGGAGGGAUACUUCGGCUUCAGGUCCGAAUGGUUCCGAAGACUUCCGAGUGAGGGAUCGAGAAAAACUGACUUCGAUAUCUCUAUGUAGGUGUUAGUGCCCGAUCGCAGCGCGAUCUACUUGGAAGUGGCCGAAACCGAGAUGAAAUCGACUCGUGCAUAUCGCACGAGACUACUUCAAAAGCAUGGUGCUUAUGGAGGAGACUAGUGGAGUGCUCUUCUAGGUCGGGAAGAAACGACAGUCAGAUGAUUGUUGCGUAAGUCGCCAAGGGGCAGGCUGAGCUUUACAAUCGCUCGGAGUAGUUUCUAAUUUCGCCACAAGAUGCCAGAGGUAGUACAUUCGAACACUCGUGUCCAGACCUUGAGAUAGGCCAUCGCUGGCCGGGGUUAAACACUGGUCAAUGUUCUGGGUGGUGAUUCGUGGAAAAAAGGGUAGGGGGGAAUGCUGGCCUUUGAGAAAUAUCUUACCCGGACCACCUACAUGUGCUCGGGAGCCCUGAAAUCGCAGAACAGUUAUGACAGUAAGUGCUCACCUCAGGUAAGCUCUGAGAAACUGGCUGCCCUGUGAAGCUGCAGCCACAAACAGUCCUGACCACGACGACAUACGGUGUUUCAGUGACCUGAUGUGCUUAUGGAGGAUACUGGUGGAGCUCUCUCGUGCCUCCAGAAAGAACAACAGGAAGAUGUUUGUUGCUUGAGUCGCCAGGGGGCAGGCUGAGCUUGACAACUACUUGGAGUAGUUGAUAAUUUCGCCACUAGAGGUCAGGAGCGGUACGUUCGAACACUCGUGUGCCGACCUUGAGAUAGGCCGUCGCUGGCCAGGGUUAAGAACUGGUCAAUGCUCUGAGUGGUGAUUUGUGGAAAAGAUGUAAAAGGGGGUGGAAAUUUGCUGUGGCAGUGGGAACAGAGCUCUAAUGAGACAGGAGAUGUGACUGUGGGUUUGGUAAAACGACUCGUGAGCAUGGCUUAAGGGUGCUAACCUCAGGAGAGCUCUGAGAAACUAGCUACUCUGUGAAGCUGCAGUCACAAGCAGUCCUGAGCAUGGCGACAGGCCAUGUUUCAGUGACCAGACGUACGCCGAAGCGAGGAUAAGAAGAACUUGAAUGCUGCCCUCGCAUAGGGUUGGCAAAAAUCACAUAUGGUGCUGGUAACGAAUUGGGGAACUAGCCUGACAAAGAUUAAGUGGGAGUGUGCAGUGAGCGGAAAAAGUUUAAGUUUUAGUUACAAAAUUAAAACUAAAAUAAUAAUUUAAAAAUUCAAAUUUACAUUUUGUGCCAAAAAAUGAUAAUUUGCAGCACAGUUUGCAGUUUGCUCCCCGAACUGUUCGGGUCAUUCGUGUUGCCAUUGUUUAUGUAAUAGUACUCACAAAUACAGUGAUGUGACGAUUUAUUGAUGACUCAUACUCUCUACACGGUGCUGUUAUAGGCCUGGCCAGUUUCGCUUUAAAUUUAACGAUUUAUUUGGCUUUGCACACCAGUAUCCACUUGCUUGUGGUACAAUUCACAACACGAUAAUAACUGCUUGCAGACAUUUUCCAAGACUGGAAACAAGCAGCUGAUGCUAUGGGGAGGAAUUUUUCAAUUCGGACUGUCCAAUGAAGAAAACAUUGAUGUAGUACAAUUAACACUUACAAUAAACUACAAAGUUACCAAAUAUAUUUACAACGGGCAUGAUGUAACUGACUCGUGGAUGCCGAAAAAUGGACAUUGAUAGUAAGUGCUCUCGGUGGAGUGUGAGCUCAUUGUGAAAAAAUUGUUGAUUGCUAACAGAACACUAUAGACAACAGAGAGAUUGACAUUGUUGACUAUGACUCCCGACCGGCGCGCACCGAAACGUACGGACAUUGCUAGACAGUCUGCCCUCGGAUAGCACGGCACAAAAUGGUUACACAACAGUACUAGAUCACUAACAAGAUCAUGCAGGAUGGCGGAUGCUUGCACUUGCACAUUGAUGUUCUUACUAAGCAGGGAAAGUCCAGUCCCCUAAAAAGAGAUGGUAAGGAUACUUCGUAGACCCGUGAAUGCCAUAGAUGCUACACAGCUUACUGCAGAGAUCCAGUUAAUGAAAUGUCCUUACAAAAAUGUUUUACACUUGAAGCCCUUAGGCAGCCCUGUGUGGGCGAAACAGCAAACAGCCUCGAGGCUAACUGAAUAUGGUGAAUGCAGAUCUACACACGUAGCACACUUGAAAAGUACAAAAUUUACGUAGAAAGCAAAACUGCUUGUGAAAGAGCCAAAAAUAAUUAGAGAAAUGACUGGCAGUGUCUGACCAAGUCGGGUGAGGUUGACAUCGUCCGACCGAAGGCCACCCCAAAGCCCGACCUGCAACCGCCAGUAUUCGACCUCGCUAAUGGAACGCACCCCUAGCCAUGGCCCACCUGAGUCAGGCGAACACCGUAACAACAGGUAGAAUCAAAUACCAUGCCCUAAUUAACCAGCCACCUCGACUCCAGUUCAUUAUAAAUCAAACACAAUUUAAUGGUAACGUCACUUUUUAUUAAAAACCCCGUCCAAGGGAAGUGCGACGUAGGAGUGCCCGGGUCACUCACGUGUGAAUUUAAGUUAAUAAAUUUCUGAGUGCUCCCCUUGCGGUCUUCAGCCUAAAUAAAUUAGAGUAUUGUGUAACGUAAUUAUGACCUCCCCAUUUUUUGUGUAUAACUCGCCACUGGAGCAGUUAACAAAUGACGAACAGUCUCCAGUAUGACUCGUAUUAUUCAAACUUAAUUAAUGUAAACUUGUUAAAUCUAAUUCUUAGAGAGUAUCGCAAAUUAGGUUAAUCUAUAUUUUAAUGUAUGAAAUUAGAGCCACUUUCAAUCUCUUGUUAAUUUAAUAAUUUCCGAAUAACAGAACUUUAGAAACCUUGGUGCGAGAGAACGCUGAGGCCUCCCCUCGCGCCAAGGCCAGACGCCAGUACCGAGCGACUCGCGGACCGGAGCGGACGUGCGUACCACGGGGAGUCCUCAUCUUUUGUCUCCACUGAAAUUCAUUACUGGUAAUUAUAGUCAUUCUAAAAAUCCUUUUCGUACUUAAACUACCCGUGCGCACCCGGUCCUUUUUACGGUGUAGGGCCUAACCAGGCCACUUAAACAUAAAAUCCCCACACAAAGCAUUACGCGGGGCAGUGCAGCAUACAGCACGGGCCGACCCCCGCUACCAAUGACUUUUGGAUAAUCGUCGAGUGCACAGACGCCGGCAACAACGAUGUAAAGACUUUUAAUAAAUUUAAUAGCGAACCGUGGUCCACACAGGUGGACCCGGUAUCGCCGUUUUGCAAUUUUCGGGAUUGGCCGCCUCCAAUCGACCUCCCCCUCAACCUCGACUGGCGUGAGGAUUUAAGAUUAGUGACGGCGCAUCAGAGUGCCCAGUGUCAAUUUAGUAAAAUUGUAGCGAUUUGAAAUGCGCGCGUCAUCGCGGGCCUCCGGCACUUCGCUCCCCUCAUCCUUCUCCCUCCUUUUCCCCCCCUCCUAAUGUUUGUUCAAUUUGUACUCGUUUCUCCCACCCUUUCAAUAUGCGCUGGCGCGCGCUGCGGCGCGAGUUUAUAAAAUCUGCUGCAGACAUGAUGAGGGUCUUCUUCUAUUGGUAGCCUUUGUGAGGCUUUGUUGUCAGCAGUAGCUGACCCGUUGUUAAUUUCACUAGCAUGUAGUCCGAGAGCUUCGACUUAGUCUUCGUGCGUGUGCGACCUCAGGGGAGAAAUGUAAGUUGAAUCGAGUCGUCAGUGAGGCGGUGGCCCUCACCCUAAUGUAGAAUCAGUUAUGUUUAAAUUUGUUCUGUCUAAAUUCCUUUUCGGCCGCCACCAUCAAAAAUUGUUUGGAUUUCUGCCUUAAAUUUAAAUUUAACUUAAUUUGCGUUUUUCUGUUUGUAACUGUCUCCCCCUGAGAUGUCGUCGCAUGUAUUUGUUUGUUAAUGCUUUUUAAAGAAUAAUGAAACUUCUUUCUUCUGUGUACCUGCACUUUGCAGUAAUUUCGUAAAUGUAAUUUUUUUGUAAUAUAACUUCAUACAUGGAAAUUAUGUCCCUUUUUGACGAUCGUUGAUUGGAUCGUUCACUGUGUAGCCGGCUUACCCAUGCAAAUUAUAAUUAUCAACUAACUCGUUUUGUCAGAAAUGUUAACGUUAUAUUUAUUGUGUAUUAAUAUUGAAUUUGUUCUUGCUUUUUGUAUUUAACUUUGAAUUAGUUAAACGUAACUGUAUCUGAAUAGUAAUUAUGAAUUAAUAUUGAAGUUGUUCAUGCUUUUUGUAUUCAACAUUGUCAGACAUGUUGACGUUAUAUUAAUUUUGAAUUAAUAUUGAAUUUGAAUAAAAUGUCUGUGUACCUGAAACCUUUUACCUUGAUUACCCAACUGCUCCAAUCACGUAAUCCGCAGUCCUAUCUCUGGUCUCCCUCCAAACCUAAUAGUCCCCCACCUAUUACAAAAAUUGUGUAGGGAAAUUCAAUGUGCAUUAUGUAACUGUAAACUGCAAGUGUAACUGUUCGAUUCCAUUAAACAUCCA